AUGUCUACUAAGAAGCAUACCAAGACACAUUCCACCUAUGCAUUCGAGAGCAACACAAACAGUGUGGCCGCCUCGCAAAUGAGAAACGCGUUAAACAAGUUGGCGGACUCCAGCAAGGUCCAGGACGCUGACCGCACCAGAUUUGAGAGCCAACUGGAUUCGUUUUUUACUCUUUUCAGGAGAUAUCUGGUGGAAAAGUCCUCCAGAACCACUUUGGAGUGGGACAAGAUCAAUUCACCCAACCCAGAACAGGUGGUCAAGUACGAAAUCAUUUCUCAGCAGCCGGAAAACGUCUCUAACCUGGCCAAACUGGCCGUAUUAAAACUGAACGGUGGGCUGGGUACCUCCAUGGGUUGUGUCGGACCCAAAUCUGUUAUUGAAGUGAGAGAGGGAAACACAUUUUUGGACCUGUCCGUUCGUCAAAUCGAAUAUUUGAACAGGCAAUACGACAGUGACGUUCCAUUGUUGUUGAUGAACUCUUUCAACACUGACAAGGACACCGAACAUUUGAUCAAGAAGUACUCCGCCAACAGGAUCAGAAUCAGAUCUUUCAACCAAUCCAGGUUCCCAAGAGUCUACAAGGAUUCCUUGUUGCCAGUCCCCACCGAAUACGACUCUCCUCUCGACGCCUGGUACCCACCGGGCCACGGUGAUUUGUUCGAGUCCCUGCAUGCCUCUGGUGAACUGGACGCUUUGAUUGCUCAAGGCAGAGAAGUGCUUUUCGUUUCUAAUGGUGACAACUUGGGUGCCACUGUCGACUUAAAGAUCUUAAACCACAUGAUCGAGACCGGCGCCGAGUAUAUAAUGGAAUUAACCGAUAAGACCAGGGCAGAUGUCAAAGGUGGUACUUUGAUCUCCUAUGACGGACAAGUCCGUUUAUUGGAAGUCGCCCAAGUCCCAAAGGAGCACAUUGACGAAUUUAAAAACAUAAGAAAAUUCACGAAUUUCAACACGAAUAACCUGUGGAUUAACUUGAAAGCCGUCAAAAAGUUGAUCGAGUCAAGUAAUUUGGAAAUGGAAAUUAUUCCAAACCAAAAAACCAUAACCAGAGACGGUCACGAAAUUAAUGUCUUACAACUGGAAACCGCUUGUGGUGCCGCUAUCAGACAUUUCGAAGGUGCUCACGGUGUUGUCGUUCCAAGAUCAAGAUUCUUACCCGUCAAGACCUGUUCCGAUUUGUUGUUAGUCAAGUCAGAUCUGUUCCGUUUGGAACAUGGUUCUUUGAAACUAGAUCCAUCCCGUUUCGGUCCAAACCCAUUAAUCAAGUUGGGCUCUCAUUUCAAAAAAGUAUCUGGCUUUAACGCAAGAAUCCCUCACAUCCCGAAGAUUGUUGAACUAGACCACUUGACCAUUACCGGUAACGUCUUCUUAGGUAAGGGCGUCACCUUGAGGGGCACUGUCAUUAUUGUUUGCUCAGACGGUCACAAAAUAGAUAUUCCAAACGGUUCCAUAUUAGAAAACGUCGUUGUUACUGGUAAUUUGCAAAUCUUGGAGCAUUGA